GGUAAGAGAAAGAAAAAAGAAAAGAAAAAAUCGCCCUUGGUUGGUCUCGAACCGGGGCGAGCAAAUUUGUAGCCAAGUACCCUGACAGCGUUGCCAAAGUAUACUGACGGAGCGCAGCCAGGGACGCGCAGUCUCUCUCACCGUGAACGAUCAAUGGCCGACUCGAAGAAUUCAUCGAGCAAAGAAGGAUCUUUGAUAUUUUGAUACGAUGUUCGAUAUUCUUUGGACGUUCGCGCCUUCGUUGUCGGAUCCUCGCCGAUCAACGUUGUCAAGCUGAUCUUAGGAUUGAGCUAAAAAGAUGAACAAUUAAAUGCACUUGUUACGGAAGGUGCUAGUGAACCUCGCCAUUAUUGCGGUGCUUUUGGUGAUACUUUAUUGUUAUCAAACAUCUACGAACGGUGCACGUUGGAUCGUGGGCCAGGCAGAAAGUCGAAAUGUCGAAGGGUCAACGAAUGAAUUCAUUUCGACCACCUUAAGAGAUAUCAACGAUACGAUCGUCGGACUAACCUCAACUAAAAUCGCCGUCCCUAUUCCUCCGAUCGUUACCACCUUUCGAAAUGAGUUUUAUUACAAUGUAUGGUGUAUAUUCACCAAAGUCGCUACGAAUUCUCCGAUGCGAAAGAAGUUUUACGUUUUUACGAAAUCCUUACUCGCAUUGGCCACCGUGGAUAUUGCUUUCCACGUGAUAACAGACGAUGAUAGUCGUCCCAUCGCCGAGAACGUAGUGCAAAGCGUUGUCUCGAUCACUAAAAAGACUAUGAAAGUGCAAUAUUAUAACGUACACGAGCUGGCUCAACAAUUGGAGGACAUAGUUUCUGUUAUGUCGCCGCAUUUCAGUAGCAAACCUGGAACUUAUUAUUCGGAUGCCCUUUUCUUUCUCUCCCUUGGAUUGCAUAGAAUAGCGCCAGUCGAUCAAAAAGUGGCAGCCAUGUUUGACGCUGAUACAAAAUUUCGUAGGGACGUAAAAGAAUUGUUCAAGGAGUUUGACAAUUUUGGGGAUGAAGCACUCUUUGGUUUGGCACCGGAAUUAACCCCCGUAUAUCGGCAUGUUUUGUACUUAUAUCGUAGCAAACACGCAAAGACCGCAUAUGGGGAACCAGCUCAGGCCGGUGGUUUUCCAGGCUUUAACAGCGGCAUGGUCCUAUUCAAUUUAGAAAGAUUACGCGAGUCCUCCUUGUACGAACAAAUUGUUAGUAAGGAUAGCGUCGACGCUAUGACGAAUAAAUAUCAUUUUAAGGGUCACUUGGGCGAUCAAGAUUUUUAUACGGUUUUAGGUAUGGAACGACCCGAAUUAAUCUAUACCAUUGAUUGCGGCUGGAACAAGCAAUUGUGUACAUGGUGGAGAGACCGUGGUUACGCGGAUGUAUUCGCUAAUUAUUCUCUCUGUAAUUCAGAAACAAAAUUGUGGCAUGGGAACUGCAAUACACCUAUACCCGACGAUUAAGUAUUAUGAAUUCUAAAGACAUUUCGUAGACAUCAACUUUCUAAGUCCUACGUUUACUUUCGAGAAUGAAACAUAGUUUUGAAACUCAUUUACUUUUGAAAUCUGUGAUACAAAGUCAAAUAUAUUUUAUUCUUAUCGAGUGGCAAUAUACAUAAACGAGACUCUUUCGAUCGUAUGGAAGGAAAGAAAUCAUUUUUCAUUCUAUUAUUAUAUUUUAAAUCUCUAACAAUUUAUGCCAUCCGAUCGAGCGAUUAGAUGCAGAGUAACUAUUGUAUUUUUAUGACGCAUAAAGGAUAUUUAUCUCGUUAA